UUGUUCUAAUUGAGAAAUAAUAAUAAAUGCAGUAUCGAUCAGAAUGUCAACUACAAUGGAUGAAGAAUCAACGGCAAAGCCCGCCGGUGAGGAGGACCCCCUGGCGGAAGAGCGACUUGGCUACGUUCGUGAAGUAGGCGCACAGGCGGUUUGGAGCUUGUCCUCCUGUAAGCCAGGUUUUGGCGUUGAACGCCUGCGGGACAAUAUAAUGGAUACAUACUGGCAGUCGGAUGGACAAUUGCCACACUUGGUCAAUAUUCAGUUCCACAAGCGCACAAAUAUAAGUCAGAUCUAUAUAUACACCGACUAUAAACUAGACGAAAGUUACACGCCCUCGCGCAUAUCCAUAAGAUCCGGCACAAAUUUCAAUGAUCUGCAGGAGUUGCAGGUAAUCGAUUUGUCGGAGCCGACCGGCUGGGUGCAGAUUCCCAUCAAGGACGGCAACGUAAAGUCGAUACGUACCUUCAUGUUGCAGAUCGCAGUUAUAUCGAAUCAUCAGAAUGGUCGGGACACACAUAUGAGACAAAUACGUAUUCAUGCGCCCGUUGAAGGCAAGCAUUACCCGCUGGAGCUAUUCGGCAAAUUCGGGACGGUAGACUUUCAGAAAUUUGCAACUAUACGAUAGAUAAAAGAAGAAUAAGGAACACUCAAAUAAUGAUGUAUGUAUUUUUAAUUAUUUUAUUUGGUAAAAAAUACAACGGUUGAACGUUUAUUUAUUUAAUCGCAAAACUACUUUAGUAAUUUUA